AUGGCUUCAGCAUGGGGUCACGCUGGAAAACUGCAGCAGGAGGAGCCCAAGGCCAGACAGCCGGACGGUGGACAGCCCUCCGGGGCCGGGGAGGGGAGCCGCAGCCUGUCGGGCCCCAGCGGCUCCCCGGCCGGGGCCUGCUCCGCGGACAAGGCCGUGCCGGAGGCGGCCCCCGUGGCCACGAGAGAGAAGAUCCGGUCCAGGUUCCACGGCAGCCACGACCUGAUCCAUCGCCUGUUUGUCUGCAUCUCAGGGGUGGCUGACCAGCUGCAGACCAACUACGCCAGCGACCUGAGAAGUAUUCUCAAGACCCUCUUCGAGGUCAUGGCCACCAAGCCGGAGAUGGACGACAAGGACAAGUUCCGGAAGGUCGCCCAGACCCUGCGGGGCGCGGCCCUGGAGGACUGCGCCCUGUGCCAGGAGACCCUGUCGUCCUCCGAGCUGGCAGCCAAGACCCGGGACGGGGACUUGGAAGGUGCGUGGGGAGCCCUGGCCCGUCUGGAUGCUUCUUCUCUGUCCAGACCAAAGCCUGGAGGUCGGGGACCCUGCCCCCCCACUAGCCUAGAGGUCGGGGACCCCUGCCCCCCACUAGCCUGGAGGUCGGGGACCCUGCCCCCCCACUAGCCUGGAGGUUGGGGAUCCCUGCCCCCCACUAGCCUGGAGGUUGGGGACCCUGCCCCCCACUAGCCUGGAGAUCAGGGACCCCUGCUCCCCACUAGCCUGGAGGUUAGAGACCCCUGCCCCCCACUAGCCUGGAGGUUGGGGACCCCUGACCCCCAAUAGCCUGAAGGUCGGGGACCCCUGCCCCCCACUAGCCUGGAGGUCGGGGACCCUGCCCCCCCACUAGCCUGGAGGUCGGGGACCUUGCUCCCCACUAGCCUGAAGGUCGGGGACCCCUGCCCCCCCACUAGCCUGGAGGUCGGGGACCUUGCUCCCCACUAGCCUGGAGGUCGGGGACCCUGCCCCCCACUAGCCUGGAGGUUAGAGACCCCUGCCCCCACUAGCCUGGAGGUCAGGGACCCUUGCUCCCCCACUAGCCUGGAGGUGCAGCUGGAAGCGGUGGCUUGCUGGUCAGGGAAGGAGCCUCGGGCGGGUUAGGGCACUGGUAGCACAUCUUUGGGGGGGACCCUAAGGCCCUGGGGGGCAUGCGUCCCCCUGGAGCCUGGAGAGGUGCUGGGAGGGUGAGAGCAGUUAGGCCUGAGCAGGGUCACAGGUGGCCGGAGCCCAGGAGGCGGAAGUUGACCCCGAGAUAGGCCACAGGUCACACCGCUCCCUGCGUGCCCGGCUGCCCGGACACCCCUGGCGGGUCCCCAGCUCAGGGCCUCUCUCGCGCCUGGGGACAGGUGCACACGGAGGCUGCGGGUGAGCAGGGUCAGGGGCGGCCAGGCCAGGACGUCCUCAGGACCCUCGGGUGCCCAGCAGGGUGCUCUCA